GGGCUGAUGCAGGGCAGAGGGGGAGUCUGCAGGGUCCAAAAUACACAGGAGCUGCGAAUCAGACACUCAGCAGACCUGCGCAACUUUUCUUGUUUUUUUUUUUUUUCCUUUUGGAUUUUUUUUUUUAAAACUACUUUUGACUUGGUCGCUGCAAAGAUGACCACAGCCGUGGUGUCGCCUUUCUUCGACUUCGAAGUAAUGAACAAGAACAACAAGCUGCUCAGCUACAACAACAACCUGGGUGCCCCUCAUCCCAUGUCUGUCCCUUGCACUGGCACCAAUGUGCCCAUCUCCAGCCCCGCCGGAGCCCUGCUGGACAGGAAGGCGGUGGGAUCUCCCUCAGUGGGAGGUGUAUACCAGCGGCGGCACUCUGUCAGCAGCACAAAGUUCAGCCAGAACCAGUUUCUGAACAGCCUGAAGGCAGCGGACCACUCCUCACUCAUCUCAGGGGUUGGCAAUGCCAGCAACAACAAGGAGAACCGCCUGCGAGACCGCUCCUUCUCUGAGACGGGUGAGAGGCUCAUCAACAAGUGCCUGGGGCCCGCCAGCCCCACCAGCGGCAGCAGCCAAGUGAACUCCAGCCGUUACAAGACGGAGCUUUGCAGGCCCUUCGAGGAGAAUGGUUCCUGCAAAUACGGUGACAAGUGCCAGUUUGCUCAUGGAAUCCAUGAACUGCGCAGCCUGAGCCGCCAUCCCAAAUACAAAACUGAGCUGUGCCGCACCUUCCACACCAUUGGUUUCUGCCCAUACGGGCCUCGCUGCCAUUUCAUCCACAAUGCUGAGGAGCGCCGUGGACCCCCCCAGCAGUGCUCCCCUCUAAACUCUUCCAACAAGAUGGAGAGGCCUCGACUGCAGCACAGCUACAGCUUUGCAGGCUUCUCCAGCUCAGCUGGGCUGAGAGACAGCCCCACCUCUGUCACGCCUCCACCCAUGUUCUUCCCUGAUGAGGUCCCAGACUGGCCCAGCAGUAACCCCUUCACCUACUCCAGCCAGGAGCUGGCCAACCUGUUUGUGCCCAGCCUCAGUGCUGGUCCUGUAGGCACAGAGCCCAACACCCCUGCACCUCCCUCUCCAACAAGCACGCCUUACUAUUUCAGACCCAUGUUGGAGUCCCCUCAGAUGUUCGAGUCCCCAUCCAGCCCUCCAGACUCGCUGUCAGACCAAGAGGGCUACCAGAGCAGCUCUGGUGGCAGCCUCAGUGGCUCCGAGUCCCCCACGCUGGACACCACCCGCCGCCUUCCCAUCUUCAGCCGCCUCUCCAUCUCUGAUGACUAGACUACACGCAUCCACCAGUGACUAAGUUUGAUGACACAAAGAGAACAUGGCACUCCCCUCUACCUCUGCCCCUUCUACAGCUUCCCUGUCCUCCUCUACACAAGAUACUGUUUGUUCCUCAUUAGAAUUCUAAGGAUGUAAUCAAUUAAGGGAACUCGACUCAAAUUAUCAUUUCAUCACGGCUAAUCUGCACAGCAAGUUUUAAAAAGUACCCUGCCAUGUGUCAUAGUGCCAAAAAGGAGAGGAAAUUGAACAAUGAAAAUCAUGAGAACAAGAAUUGACUGUUUUCCCAGGUGCCACUUGUUUUUUUUUUUCUUUCUUCUUCAUUUGUUCUUGAAUGUGUAGCAGCACAAGUGGCCUUGGAAAGGGGAGUGCAUUGCACUAGCCCCCUGCCCCCCGCCCUCCCUCCGUUUCUCCCGCCCCCCUCCCUUCCUGACGAUGCCACUUCCCCUGAGCUAGCUAGAGGGUGCUCACUAAUGUAACUGUAGCUUACCGCAGACGUUUUUACAGACUGAGUUAAGACAAAAAGGAAAAAAAAAAAUAAGACCCUGAAAAUAUAUGAAUAGUUUUUUUAAAAAAAAUAAGAAAAAAGUGCCUGGGGCGGUUUCUGCAUGUGUUUAGGGUGAAUGGACUACUGUUUGUUUAUGAUUCUUUCUCAUUUGCCCCCCCUCACCCCCUUUUACCGUCAUGGUUCUUCUCAAACCCCGGCUUAUGUAAUUGUGAUCUGGGUGAGUCUGCAGGAAGGACUUUGAACUGGAAGUUGGUUAUGUCCCCCUCCUCCUCCUGAGUUUUCUCCUCCUGUUGCUGGUCACUGGCUCUUUUUUUUUGGUUGUUUGGGAAGGAAGUCUCGAUAUCAAACUGAUCAUUAAACCUGUAAGACUUUGUCCUGCCCCCCGCCUCCCUUCCACACACACCUCCCUCUUCAUCCUCACCGAUCUGGGGAAUUCCAGCAUUCCCAUGGUGCAGUUGUACAUCCUACAACUUGACAAGAUCGGAUCUCCAAGCUAUUUUACUUUUACUUUCUCCCCCCCUCCAACUUUAGAACUUGCUCCAAGGAGCAUUCUGUACUCAUUACAUCCCUCUUUUUGCUUUCUUUAUUUGAUAAUUAUUUUUUAUUAAUGUUAUUAUUAUGGUUAUUAUUAUUUGAAAAACUUUCCAGACAGAAGGUUUGCGUGUCACUGCUUAUUUAACUUAUCAGAACAUAUUUAUUGGUGAUCAUAUGCAUUUUUUGUUAAUUUUGUUUUUGUAUUUAUCUGGAUAAUGAACAAUAGAAUAUAUUUUCUUUUAUGUUAAAUUAUGAUCUUCCAUAUUAAUCUAAAGAUUGUGAAGACGUUUUUGUCAGUUUUCCUUUUUUCACAGUUUAAUAUAUUGUACUUCAAUGACUUUUGUUCUGCAACUACACUUUGUCAAAAUGAAACUUAAUUUAAAGCAAAAAAAGAUGCAAAAAAAGAUGUUUUGCGUUUUGAUUAUUUAUUGUACUUUUUUUUCUUACUCCCUCUUAUUGGACUGCAAUUCCAUCUAAACUAGAUUUGCUUGUAUUCAUUCCUGAUAUCUCCCCCUGCACAUUUUACAAUAAUCUGACAGUAACAGUAGCUAACUGUUAUUCCAUUAAUUCAACUCUUCUGUUUUUUUUUUUUUGUCUCAGAUCUUGUCCCCACUUCGAAGAGAAGUAUUCUCACAGUACUUUUGGGUUUGAUAGUAGACGUGAAGGGGUGCUAAAAGAAAUAAAAUAAACUCUCACAUCACUGGUUUAGCAGUCUCCAAGUUAGAAGACUGGUUUUGUUGACAUGUCUUCUGUCGGUAAUGUUCUUAUACCCAGUCUGUUUAUUACAAGCAAUAGCUGUGACCAAAUGGGUUGAGGAAAGUUUAUUUUCUUUUAAUUCUAUUGGAUGCUUGAUGCACUUGCUUGGCCCCCUCUUGACCAGCAGAAGUGCCUCGUUGAAUACAUUCCAGGUAGCUAAGGCCUCUCUGCCUUUUAUAUUUGAUAAUGGAGGACUUAAUUAUUUUUUUUUUAGUCACUUGUUCUGUGUUGCCUUCACGUGUUUGGAACAGGUGAACAGAAUUUUGACACAAAGAAAGUAAAACAGUUGAAUGUAUUUUUUCAGCCAUGUUUUUUCACUACAGUAAUUUCUGUGAGUUUAUAUGAAAACCUGUUUUUUUCUCUUUUGUAAGUAUUGAUUGCAGUUAAGUCAAUAAACCCCAUAUUUUUGGAAAAGUUAAA